CGUUCACGUCUAAGGUCUGGGGGACGCUGGUGCCGUCUCCGCGCCCCCGCCGCCGGAGUAAAAACUAUUUUGUCUCUUAAAAGGAAUCGACAAAGAAAAAAAGACACAAUGUAAAGAUGAGCAUCUAUCUGUAAGUUAAGCUCGGACAAUCAGCCCAGCCGUGAUUGGACUCUUUUCUUCUUGACGGGUUGCUGCUGUCAGACGCUGUGGGACUUCGGGUUCCCCAUGGAGACAGUGGUGAUCGUGGCCAUAGGGGUGUUGGCCACCAUCUUCCUGGCCUCCUUCGUUGCUCUGGUGGUAGUGUGCAGACAUCGCUACUGCCAUCCUCACGACCUGCUGCACCACUUCGACUCCAAACCCACGGUGGAUCUGAUCGGCGCCAUGGAGACCCAGAGUGAGCCGUCAGAGCUGGAGCUGGACGACGUGGUCAUCACGAACCCCCACAUCGAAGCCAUCUUGGAGAAUGAGGACUGGAUAGAGGAUGCAUCAGGCUUGGUGUCACACUGUAUCUCUAUCCUGAAGAUCUGCCACACUUUGACUGAAAAGUUGGUUGCCAUGACAAUGGGAUCGGGGGCAAAGGUCAAAGCGCCGGCCAGUUUGAGUGACAUCAUUACCGUGGCCAAGCGGAUCAGCCCAAGGGUGGACGACGUGGUCCGAUCCAUGUACCCUCCUUUGGAUCCGAUCCUCCUGGACGCCAGAGCCACAGCUUUGCUCCUGUCAGUCAGCCACCUGGUGCUGGUCACCCGCAACGCCUGUCACAUGUCCGGCAGCAUGGACUGGAUCGACCAGUCGCUCCACGCGGCGGAGGAUCACAUGGUGGUUCUGCGCGAGGCGGCGCUGGCGUCCGAGCCAGACCGGAUCAUGCCCGGAGCCGACGCUCAGAGGGAACAUGCCAUUUGAGAUCCAGUUCCGGCUUCCAACGAUAAGAUACCGUCCUGCAAUCAUAGCCCAUUUUAACAUGGAAAAAAACGGCGGCGCUCCAGCCACAACCUAGUGAUGCAUGCUAAAACGGACAUCUCAGUUUCAGAAAUGCGGAUCCCCAGAGGACAGAAUAGGAGCAAAAUGUCUGUAGAAACUUUUUUUUUUCUGGAACCUACCAUCCAGCAGUGGGCCUGUCAAGUCUAACCAGCGCCGGAGUCACAAGGAGGCUUAGUCAGCUAAUCCAUCCUGACGAAAAUAACAUCCAUUAGCCAGUGAACCUGAAGGUGCUCCAACUCAGCGUGUCAAAGUAAGAGAAGCCUGGCUUGUUUAGGAUGUGUGGGGUCAGUUUGACAAAUACUCUGAUACAAGCAGUACAGACAAAGAUAAAGUCCUUUUAGGCUAUUUUUUUUCUCUCUCUCCUCACUUUAACAUGUUUUAGAGCUGCACCUCUUACUGUGGUUAACCAAUUUAACUGAAAAUCUACGUGCUGUGAAUAGAGCAGAAUGCUGCAUAUUCUCCUUCUGGAGUGGCCGGUAGAGAGCAGAUUUCUUUUCUCCUUUAAUUGCCGCAAGUCGUUCACGUCCUGAAGCAGCAGAGACGUAACAAGACGGACGCCUCCAGAAAGGUUCCACUUUUGUCUCAUCGGUCGGCAGAAUGUUUUCCUAUGAGUCUUGAGGAUUGCAUGGAGGCAGAGUUUUCAGCAGCAGUGGUUUUGGCCUUGUUUUUAAAUACACAACACUGACCUAAACUGGUGUAAGUGAGGCCAGCAGUACCUUAGAUGCUGAUUUGGUCGCCGUUUGUGCCCUCCUGGAAUAAUUUUGACAGUCUGGAAGGUUUACUACUGUUCCGUGUUCCUCCAUUUUUCGAUAAUGGCUCUCAUUGUGGUUCGCUGGAGUCCCAAAAGCCUUAGCAAUGUUUUUGCCUUAUUUUCCUAUUGUGACUUAUUUUUUUUCCCCCCCGUCUGUCCCCGAAUUCCUUUAGAUCUGGUUUGAACAGCUUUUUUCCCACCCCAAAUAAUUGAAAUUAUCAUUUUCUAUUUACUUAUUUUAUCUUUGUGUGUUAAUAACAUUUAUUUUUCCAAUCUGAAACAAUUUAUGUGUGACAAAAGCAAAAACAUUGUUAGAGUGCAAACACUUUUUUUUUUUACAGAGCUAUGUCGGUGUGUCAUGAGGACAUUUUCUGUUGAUUGAGGUGAAGCUGAAUUAGCUUGUCGCUUUGGGCCGGAGGGACGUUAUUGGAGCAUGUCUACCUGCUCCUUCAUGCAUAGCUAAUAGUGAAUCCCCAAGGAGCCGUAAUAAGGCAUUACCCACAGACGAUGUGAGCACACUGGCCUACGUGGCUUUGUACACAAAGUCCUGGCACAAAAAUAACAGUUGGAUGACAAUUGGGGAACACAAAUAUAAUUGGUGACAAUAUCGAAAACUCUGCUAGGUUCUGCUGAGCUCACAGAUACUUUCUUGUAAAUGCACAAAUGAAAGAAGAACACAUGGAGAAUUUUCUCUUUUUUUCUGUAUUUUCUUUUUUUUUCCCUGUUUAUUUGCAUUGACAUGCACUGAUUUUCUUUAAAAGAUAUGCUCCCCACUCCCCUCCCCAGUUUUUCAUUUGAUGUUUCUUGCUCAUUUCCAUAGCUUCUUAUUUUUCACUGUCUUGUACAGAAAAAAAGAAUUUGCCCUAUAGGAACCAUGUGGUUACUGUAGAAAAAUUGUUUUCCCAGGUAAAAGUUCACACACUCGUAUUACUCUGACAUAAAUAAAGUGAUUCGUCUUUCUCUGUU